UCCAGAGCUGUUGCCCUGUGUUCAGGGUGUGCUGUCCGAGUCCCUUCCCUCCCGGCAGGCGCCCCCAUAUUCACCGCAAACCGAGACCAAGGGUCGGACGACCGGCAGACACCCCAACGGCCACUUCGCACCGCCAGACACCAGCCAAGCUGGCUGCUGGACACGCUGCUCUCGCCGGGCCCCCCUACACACUCCGCCCUGUCCUGCUGCUCAGACUUCGAUGCGCCCGAAGCGACCGUGCAGGACGCCUGACUGAGACCCGGGCUGCUGUUUGCAGGAGCCCCAACGCACGCCUCUGCCGCCCUGGGGGAGAGUGAGAGCGAGCGAGAGAGAGAGAGAGAGAUAUGGGCGGAAGGGGUGUCCGCGCAGGCGGCGGCGGCUCGCAGGACCGCGAGGAGGAGUCUUUCCCAACUCCCCUCGCGCCAGCACCUGCACGGCCAACACCGCCACUUGUCUACGAUCAGCUCCAAAACAAGAUCCCGUCCUCGACGACCAGCAGCCGUACUAGCAGCAGUAGUACCAGCAGUAGCAGCAGCCCGGCGUCGCCAGUCCUGUCCUCGCCCAGCCCGAGCCUGCCGACCCUGAAGAUCUUGCCAGAGCCUUCGCUAGCCACGCCCACGCCCACGCACAUCGCCUUUGCAGCGUCGGCAGCAUCGGCAGCCGCGAUUCUCGACAAGAAGCCCUCGGCCACCAACAUCCGUUCCGACUUUCGCUCCCCGACGAGGGCGACCGCCAUAACUAGGAAACCGACCGCCGACCAAGCCGCCGAGGCCGUCAGACAAGCGGGCGCUCCCACAAUAACAAACGAGUUCCCAGGCUUUGUGGGCACCAAGACAGUUCAGGACGACUCGCCCAGCAUCGUCUCCAGCGCCUUUUCUGACACGACGGCCCAUGUUCCCCGCUCCUUGUCGACGCCCUCGCUGCAGAGCUCGCACAGGAUUAUAACGGCAGGCACUGGUGGCUCUGUUGCCGCCAGCACCGCGAGCGGUAGCGGGAGCAGUAGUGGCGGAAGCGGAAGCGGCGCUGUUGGUGCCGGCGGCCCUCGCCGCCAGGGCAGGGUGUUCAAGGAGGCCUUUCCAGAUCCCAACACCGACGGCAGCGCUGGCGGUCUCACUUCGACUCCUCCUCCGCCCCCUCGACAAUCCUCGCUCCGGCCUCGUACGCGUACGCUGGACGCACCGUCGGUUUUCCGCCAAACGCAGCCCGCACACACCGAACGCCACCGCGUCGCCUCGGUCUCGUCUGGCACUGCCCUGACCACCGUCUCGUCCGAGAGCCUGGCCGGCUCGCUCACCACAUGCACCGCAGCAGAGUCCAUCGGGAUUCCCUCGAUAGUCAGCCCCGUGCGGGCGCAGGCGCCCGCUGUCGAAAGCGCAAUGGCUCUCGCCGGCAGGGACAGGAAGCCGAGCGGCAGGCGCUUGAUCAAGCGCACCAACUCCAGACCGACGUCCCCGCUCGUUUCCCCUCCGCCGUACAUGGACUCGCUGCCGCUGCCUAUCCCGACAGCCAACGCCAACCACGUGCUGCAGCUGAUGCGGAACCUCUGUGGUCGCAUGAGGGGCGAGAUCGAGUAUAGCGACGACCCUGAGGGCGGCUGGUGCUUGGGCAUGGGAUAUAUCGAGGAGGAGAGGGGGAGCCUCAUGUUCGAUACGGGCGACAACUACCAUGUGCCAAUCGUGCCUGAUUUGCGUGGCUGUAGGGUUCUGCCUGUUGAGUUGCCCGGCAGCGAAGUUCCGUGCCUCGAGAUUGCUCACCUCCAUCCGGGCGGUGAGAUCUAUGUGCGGCCGGUGGCCGGCGACGAGUUCGAUCUCUGGCUCGCCGCUCUCCUGUCGUGGCAGCAAAUGCGGCCUGGGCCCGUGAAGCCCGGUAGCUCAAGAGGCAACAGCACACCAACGCCAGACCGCUCGGAGCCUAGGAGGCGCGGCUCCUCCAACAGGACCAAGGAGAGCACCAUCAUCAAGGUGGGCAAGGUAAAGCUAUGGGACAAGGGCCUCGCCACCUCGCCGCGAGCCAUUGCCAAACGGCCGUCCACGAGAGACCUGCGCUCGAUCCAGACGUCGUGGAGGAGGGUGUCGUGCAUCCUGCAGGACAAUGGCGAGUUUAGGCUGAUGACGGAGAACGACGUCACGGUUCUCGCUGUGAUCGAGCUGGCGCAGCUGUCACGAUGCGCGAUCCAGCAGCUGGACAAGUCGGUCCUUGACGACGAGUUCUGCCUUGGCAUACUCCCCAUAUACGCUCCCACGUCGACACAACUGUCCAUCUUCCGUCCGCUGUACAUUGCCCUGGACUCCAAGGUGCUGUUUGAGGUAUGGUACGUGCUUUUGAGGGCAUUUACCAUGCCAGACAUGUAUGCGCUGGACCGGCCGCACGGGCUUCACCUGCUCGAGGUGACCGACUUCGAGAGCGACUACAAGGGCAGCGAGAUUUUCAGGAUAGAGAAGACCAUCACAUUGCGGGUGACCGAGGCGAAGCUCAAGCCGCGGGACGAGCACACCAACAACCACAGACUUCACGGCAAGAACGAGCCAGAUCCCCUGGUGGGCAACUAUCUGGCCGAGGUGAUACUAGAUGGGGAGGUGCGCGCCCGGACGACCACGCAGACGGACACGAAGAACCCCUUCUGGCGCGAGCACUGCGUGUUCAGCCAUCUGCCGGCGACGUUGCCGUACCUUUCGGUGGUGCUGAAGCGGCAGGAGGCAAGCGCCGAGAGCCUGAGCCACCAGCUGCAGGCGUCACUGGGUCUGCCGCGGUCUGGGAACCUGGUCGAGGUCGUGUGCGGGUCCGUCGACAUCCCGCUGGCGCACCUGGACCAGGGCAAGGACCACGAGCAGUGGCUGCAGAUAUACGACAGCAAGCAGCAGUCCAUCGGGUCCAUGCUGGCCAAGGUGCACCACGAGGAGCUGGCGGUGCUGCGUGGGCGCGAAUACCAGCCGCUGUCGGACCUGCUGCACCGCUUCAGCACGCAGCUGACGGUGCAGAUCUCGGACGCGCUCCCGGGCAACCUCCGCCGCGUCGCCGAGAUCCUGGUCAACAUCUUCCAGGUCUCGGGCUCGGCCAGCGAGUGGCUCAUGGCCCUAGUCGAGGACGAGAUCGACGGCAUUGGAAACCAGGCCACCAUCAAGAAGAUGCGCUACAACCGACGGCUCAAGUCGGUCGAGUCGGUAGAGUCGGCCAGCGACCGCGAGCAGCUCGUACGCGACAUGAGCAAGUCGCUCGCCGGCGAGGCGAACCUGCUGUUCCGCGGCAACUCGCUGCUGACCCAGUCGCUCGAGUUCCACAUGCGCCGCCUGGGCGGUGAGUACAUCGAGGAGGUGUUGGGCGAAAAGGUGCACGAGAUCAACGACCUCAACCCAAACUGCGAGGUUGACCCGAGCAAGGUCCAGGCCGGCGAGGACGUGCAGAUGCAUUGGAACCAGCUGGUGCACAUCACGGGCGAGAUCUGGGAGUGCAUCGCCUCCUCGGCCCACAAGAUGCCGCAAGAGCUGCGCCAGAUUCUCAAGUAUGUGCGUGCCGUCGCCGAGGACCGCUAUGGCGACUUCCUACGCACCGUCGCAUACACCUCCGUUUCGGGCUUCCUCUUCCUGCGCUUCAUCUGCCCGGCCAUACUCAAUCCGAAGUUGUUUGGCAUCUUGCGCGACCACCCGCGCCCCCGCGCCCAGCGCACCCUCACACUAAUUGCCAAGGGCCUCCAGGCCCUGGCCAACCUGUCCACCAUCGGCAAGAAGGAGACGUGGAUGGAGCCCAUGAACAGGUUCCUCAACUCUCACCGACAGUCGGUCAAGGACUUUAUCGACACCAUCUGCGCCGUCCCCGCCGAACGUCCAGGCGUCUUUGUCCCUCCGGCCUCCUACUCCACCCCCAUCACCAUCGUGGGUCGACUGCCUCCCGUGGCCCGCGAGGGCCUGCCAUCCUUGCCGCAUCUCAUCGACCUUCCGCGCAACUACGCCGCCCUUGUCCGGCUCUGGACCGACUCGCACCGCGCAACGGCGGGCCCGGGAGGCGGCGGUAGCGGCAGCGGCAACCCAGCGCUCGAGGGCGACCUGCUGCUCUUCCACGAGACAUGCGUUGCCCUCUCGAAGCGUGCGGCUGAGUGCGCGGCCCGCGUCGAGGCCAUCCGCGCCGCCGAGUCGGCGUCCCAGGCCGCGGCCGAGGAUGCCCUAAGCUCCCUCGCCGAGGCCCUGGACAGCACCGGCCUUAUGCUGGACGGCAGCACUGCCGGCUCAUCCUGGUACAACGAGCCGUCGCCCUACGCCGGCGGGGCGCGCCCUCCCGGCUCGGCCGGCUCAGACGUUACGGCGGCGUACAACAGCAACAGCAGCCACGGCCUCCACACGCACCAGCGCGGCGCCAGCAGCGCCGACCUGCGCAACUACAGCGCCAGCCGCGACCACUGGGGCCGGCAGAUCAGCUACGGGUCCGACGCCUCGGGCUCCGUCGCAUCCGGGACGGCGGCGUCGGCGUCGACGUCGGCGGCCGCUACCACCCUCGGCGGGCACGCGAACAACGCGAUCCGCGGCCUGCGCAACGGCCGCCAGGCACGCAAGUUCCUGAGCGGGCUCAUCAAAAAGAGCCGGACCGCCAGCCCGGACACGGGCGGCGUCUCGCCCGCGCCCAAGGACCGGGGCGCCGGCGACGCAAAGGAGAAUAGCCGCCAUUACUUUGGCGUCGGCGGCCACCACCAUCUCCAUCACCACAACGAAGACUCGAACGGAGACCGCGAAAGGAGUGGCGGGGACGCAAAGGACGGCGCCAAGCACAAGGACAAGGACAAGGACAAGGACAAGGACAAGUCCCGCGAUAAGGACAAGGACCGGAGCGGCAGCGACAAGGACCGCGACAAAAAGGCGGACCGCGGCAGGGAAAGAAAAGCCGGCAGCCGCGACAGAGACACGAGCAUAAGCAGCAAGACGCCGAGGUCGUUCGGCUUUGGGCACCUGGGAGCGGCGCCCGAUUGAGGACGCGCCCCCUUCUUUUGGUUUAAUUCACCUUGGCUCGUCCGCACACAAUCCCAUUGCAUAACCACACGUCUACAAGCAAACAAACAACUCAUCCAACCUUGGUGCGGGAGGCGCUUUUUUGAAUAUUCACUACUAUGUUUUUUUUGUCCCUAGAUAUAUAGCCCUGACCUCGCAUUUAACUCGGUCAAGGCGCUCACGAAGGCGGAAGAGAUCAAACUUUUUAGACGUAGCAAGCUUUUUUUUUUUUUUAACUAGAGACGGCUUGUCCUCGUUGUUGCCUAUACCUGUCUUGGACACGACGGAGGGCAGAACAGACCAGAGAAAAGAAGAGAGGAAAUUCGAACUUUCACCGCAAG